AAAGCAGCAAUUCUUGGCAGUGGGGUGCACAAAUCAGGUAAUGAACUUACUAAGAGAGCCAGUAAUACUCACCCAAUUGUGCUCUUAUUAUGUUCAUGUUAAAUAUGAUUUCGAGCUAGUCAUAUCUUGCAGUUCCAAAAUGGCAUGCAUCUGCCUUUCAGCUUGGGUGUUGAGCAACAGGUUCGACAUUUGAAGGAGCCAAACUUGCCUCCCAAAAGGUGUCUUUUUUCUAGGGAAACAGAACUCUCCGCAGGUAACUCCUUUGCGAACGUUUUGGGUUACUUUGGCACUGUUGAAAAAGAAGAUAUUGCUUGUACUGGGCAAGAAAGUGGUGUCCUGAAUGAGUUACUCGGAACUGAAUCUUUGAGGAAUGAAUUAAUUGGUUUAAGAACUGAAACUUUGAGGAAUGAGUUGACAAAAACUGAAAGUUUGAAUAAUGAGUUGAUGAAAACAGAAUCCUUGAAGAAUGAGUCAAGCAACACGUCAGACAAUUUUCAUUGUUUGCAGUUGCAAAAUGGGAUGCAUCUACCUUUCAGUUUGAGUGUUGAGCAGGUUCAACAGUUUUCAUGGAUUCAGAAUGAUAAUAAUCAACAUAUGGCAUCACCAAAGGAAUCAAAUCUGUUUGCCAGAAGGUGAGUGGUACUGUCAUCAAGCUUUAAAUCUUUAAUGCAUGCAUGAAAACAUGCUCUUUUAGAAGUCAUUAUACAACUUUAUUUUGCUGGAUCCUUAUCUAGAAUGAAAACUAUUGUUUUAUGUAGCAGUAAAAGAACAAGAAGAUAUGUCUUUGAAUAUUUUGUUCCCAACAAGUUGUAAUAUAUUGUCUUUCCUCUGGGGAAACCGAGUUUUUGGCAGGUAACUCCUUUGGGAACUAUUCUGGGUUCUUUGGUACCACCGAAAAGCCAGACAUUGCUAGCAUUGGGCAAGCAAGUGGUGUCCUGAACGAGUUACUCAGAACCGAAUCUUUGAUGAAUGAGUUGAUUGGUUUAAAAAGUGAAACUUCAAGGAAUAAUUUGACACAGAAUGAAUCUUUGAGGAAUGAUUUGAUAAAAACAGAAUCCUUGAGUAACAAGCUAAUAAAAUCCGAGUUUUUGACCAAUGAGUUGAUAAAAACCGAAUCGUUGAGGAAAGAGUUGAUAAAAGCCGAACCCAUGAGAAAUGAAUUGAUGAACAGCAAAUCCUUGAGGAACGAGUUGAUCAAUACCAAAUCUUUGAGGCUACAGCUGUAUGGGCAAGACUCUUACCCAUCAUUCAAUUUCAGUAUUCUACCUGAUAAUAAAUUCCAACCAGCACAACAAACGAACUUGCAACAAAGUAUUGACGAUUAUUGUGCUGAAGGAAACUUUGAACAGCCUCAAUCUGGGUAUGAUUCCAUGCAUUGUAAUUGUGCUUCUACGUCCGGGCCUUCCAGCAUUGCUACUUUUGAUGAGUAUUUAUGCCCCCAGGCAAGUUUGUCUUCCAUUUGAUUCCAAUUUAAGUUACUUCUAUCCACUCAUCAUUGGAUAUGCACAGCAAGUCAUUUUUCCACCAAAAUGAAACACCAUUAUGCAAUCCCCACCUUCUCUCCCAUAUUAAGCAGGAGUUGACCUAAUUCUUGCUAUAAUCACACCACAUCUUUGGCUUCUUAUUUUCUCAAUGUUUUGCUUCCAGAGCAAAACACUUGAGUUUAGCCUAGUGGCCAGAGCCU